GCAUACCGCACAUGCAUAUGUACGUACAGCUGUGCAUAACACCGGGCAUUUAAAUCGUACUGUGCGAGAUUGUCUUUGUUUACAACACAGCAUUGUCAGAUUGUGGUCUUUUUUUUCGAAUUUCUAUCUCAUUUGGGGAGAAAUUUCAAAGUUAAAGCAUGGAUACCGACAUCGACCAGCAGUUGAGGGAUUACCAGCGUGAAUAUCUCGAAUUUCUGGACGAUGAUGCUGACCAAGGUAUCUAUCAUGAGAAGGUUCAGAGCAUGAUAUCAAAGAAUCAAUGUCGUCUCACGGUUAACAUCAAUGACCUUCGACGAAAAUACCCCAAGAGAGCUUCACGAUUGUUGAACGAAGCUCACGAAGAAGUAGCUUGUCUCCAGCGAGCCUUGAAGGAGUUUGUCACGUCGGCCGAUACCGCGUACGGCAAGCAGCAUGAUGACUUCUUUGUUGGCUUUGAAGGAAGCUUUGGAUCCAAGCAUGUUACUCCCCGUUCCCUAGCCGCAAGCUACCUUGGAAACCUGGUUUGUGUGGAGGGAAUUGUUACCAAGUGUUCACUUGUAAGACCGAAGGUGGUACGUAGCGUGCACUUCUGUCCAGCAACUCGCAAGACCAUGGAACGCAAAUACACUGAUCUAACCUCUCUCGAUGCCUUCCCUUCAAGCUCCGUCUAUCCCACAAAGGAUGACCAAGGCAACCCGCUUGAGACAGAGUUUGGCCUAUCCCUCUAUAAAGACCACCAGACUAUCACCAUCCAGGAGAUGCCUGAGAAGGCCCCUGCCGGUCAGCUACCAAGGUCGGUCGACAUCAUCGUGGACAAUGAUCUUGUUGAUGCUUGCAAGCCUGGUGAUAGAGUCCAAGUAAUUGGUACGUUCCGUUGUCUUCCCAACAAGCAAGGCAGUUACACCAACGGCACUUUCAGAACCAUCAUCAUUGCAAACCACGUCCAACUACUCAGCAAGGAAACUGUCCCUAAUUUCACCGCCGAGGACAUCGCAAAGAUACGUAAAUUCUCUCAGGAUAAGAAGGAAGAUGUCUUUGAGCUUCUGGCCAAGAGUUUAGCGCCCUCUAUCCACGGUCAUGAGUACAUCAAGAAGGCUGUGCUCUGCAUGUUGUUGGGAGGGAUGGAGAAGGUGUUGGAGAACGGCACAAGGCUUCGUGGUGACAUCAAUGUAUUAUUGAUUGGAGAUCCGUCAACAGCCAAGUCACAGAUGUUAAGGUAUGUUUUGCACACGGCACCUAGAGCCAUAGCAACGACUGGCCGAGGAUCAUCCGGCGUUGGUUUGACGGCUGCCGUCACCACCGAUCAAGAAACAGGAGAGCGUCGCCUGGAGGCAGGAGCUAUGGUUCUGGCCGACCGUGGUGUUGUCUGCAUUGAUGAGUUUGACAAGAUGAGUGAUCAAGAUCGUACAGCUAUACAUGAGGUGAUGGAACAGGGGCGUGUCACCAUCGCUAAGGCCGGUAUCCAUGCCAAGCUCAAUGCAAGGUGUAGUGUGCUAGCAGCAGCUAACCCUGUUUAUGGAAGGUAUGACCAGUACAAGACGCCUAUGGAGAACAUCGGUCUACAAGACUCUCUGCUAUCUCGUUUUGAUGUCAUCUUCAUUGUUCUUGACCAGAUGGAUCCAGAGCAUGAUCGUAAGAUUUCGGACUUUGUCCUCCGCGUGCAUCGUUACAGGCAGGCUGGAGAGCAGGAUGGAGAUGCCAUGCCAUUCGGUAGCACAGUGGAUUUCUUAGCUACCAACGACCCUGAUGCUAUUGAAGAAGAGAAACAGGAGACCAAAGUCUACGACAAGCAUGAUAAACUACUCCACGGUUCAAAAAAGAGGCAAAAGUAUGUGAGUAUGGACUUCAUGAGGAAGUACAUUCACAUUGCUAAGGGCAUGCAGCCGCAAUUGACGAGAGAGGCUGCAGACUGCAUCGCAGAGGAGUACUCCAAGCUUCGUAGCCAAGAUGCCACAGCAAAUAACAUUGCUAAGACUGCCCCUGUAACGCCCCGUUCGCUAGAGACAAUGAUUCGUCUCUCUACGGCCCACGCCAAAGCUCGCAUGAGCAAGACGGUUGACAUGCAGGAUGCAGAGGCAGCCAUUCAGCUCGUCCAGUUUGCUAUCUUCAAGAAGGUUCUGGAAAAGAAGAAGAAGCGUCGCCAUGACAGUGAGUCUGAGGAAGAUGAAGCUGAGGAGAAGCAAAAGAAACUGAGGCGCAAGAAACGAGGAACACUGAGAAAAGAUAGACCAGCUGGAGCAGAGGGUGAUGAAGACCCUUAUGACUUUGAUAGCUAUGAAGAAUCGGGAGAUGAUGAAGUGAUGCCAACACCCCGUAAACGUACCACCCCAAGCGAAGCAUCUUCCCAAUCACAGCAGCCUAUGGAUACAGAGGAAUCGCAGGACACACAGACAACCAUUGCUCCGGAAAGACUGAAGCUCUUCAAGGCCACCAUGCACAAGACCUUCGAUGCGCUGCACGCCCAGUCGAUCCCGAUGUCCCAGGUCACAGAAGCUCUCACCAAAGAACACGAGGAAGCUCCGUUCGGCCAGGCAGAGAUAGACAGCGCCCUCUCCAGCAUGCAAGAUGCCAAUCAGAUCAUGGUGUCCGAAGGCAUCGUCUUCUUGAUUUAAUUGGCCAUGUUU